GAGCAGGAUGUGGAACGCGACAUUGAGAAAAUCUCAAAGACAGCAGCCAAAGUUGUUUUGUUAGUUGCAUUCAGUGUUAAUUCCUUUGACUACUUAUCUAUUUAUAGGAAUCUUAAUCCUCUAGCAAAACAUCUGAAAGUCAAAACACGGGGAAUGGGUAAAUAUGAAAUGGUAUGUUCAAUAGCAAAGCAAUUGUUAAAGCAACAGUAUAUUGUUCCAAGGGACCCUGCACAAGAGUUAAAUUACAAUUGUAUUAAAAGAACAGAAAUUAAAAGCAACAAGAGCUUAAAUUUCUUAUUUGAUAAGUCACCUAAGCCAUCUUCAAGU